AUGUUUGGGAGAGUUGGCAUCACAUGUGUUUGUGAUUACUCAGUUGAUCAGAAUUAUGUAUUUCCACAGAAUGAAGAUCUCCGCCAAGACAUUAUUGACUACCAGAUGCAGAUAGAUUCCCAUAGAGACAAUUUGCUUUACAAAACAGAGGAUGAUUUUGAUAUCCGUGCAGAGCUGUCAAAAAAGAACAAUGAGAUAUAUGAGUACCUUGAUGAUAUUCAGAAUCUGACAGAAGCAAAUGAAAAGCUGGAUGCUCAAAAUCAAGAAAUCCAGAAGAACCUUCAAGAAUCUGCACAGGAAAUGGAAAGAAUAACUGACAAAUAUAAUAAAAUAAAAGUAACUGUGCAAAAGAAUGAUGUGGUCAUGGAUCAUUUACGAAAAGAAAAUGAACAUCUAAAACUCCAGUUGUAUGAAAUGACUGAGCAACUGCAUUCAAAGUUGGACGAGGAUGAUACUGUAAUGGAGGUUGUCAAGUCAAAAGUAGAAGAGUGGAAGAAAGUUUUUUCUGCAAAGGAUGAAGAAAUUCUGAAAUACCAGGAAAUGUUAACUGAAAUUACAGAAAAACUUAAAGCAGCACUGCUUGAUUGUGAUAAAGCUAGCAUCAUGACCCUUCAGCAGGAAUUGCAAAAACGAGACGGACAGAUAAAGACGUUGACCAAUAAAUUAGAGCAGUGUACACACGACAUGGAGAAGAAUACGUUAAUUAUUGAAGCUCUCCAAAAACAACUUCAGACAGAUGCAGGUCAUUCUUUGAUAGCCUGUCAGAACCAAAUUGGUCAACUACAAGCAAAGUCGCAGACAGCAGAACAAAAGCUACAGGAGAUGGCGCAAAUAGCCAGUCAAGCAGAGUCUGAUGCCAAAGAAAAGGAUAAAGAGCUCAGUGAAACACUUGCCAAAAUGCGUGCCUAUGAAGCUGGUGAAUAUGGGUUGGAAAGUGCUAUUGCGGAAAUUAACAAGUAUAAGAAUCAAGUGAAACUAAGAGACAAAGAAAUUGAGUCUCUUAUAAAAGAGAUUAACAAUCUUGAUGCAAAGAUCAGCGACUUGUUGUAUGAAAAUGAAGAUUUUAGAGAGCGUUUAGGCCUAGAUAUCAAACAAGUUGAUUUAACUGCGUUUCGAAGAAGCAAGGUUGUGAGGCAACAGCAAUACCGAGCAGAAAACCAAGUUCUACUGAAAGAGAUUGAAAGGUUAGAAGAUGAAAGGCUUGAACUGAAGAAAUACAUUAGACUGCUUGCAAAAGAGAAAGGAAAGCGACCUUCUGAAAAGGAUCUAAAAUUUGAUGAUCUACUGCCUGCUGAGAAGUUUAUGAACAGUCUGAAAGGUCACUCUAAGAAAAUGUUCCUACUUUCAAAUUCUGCAGAUCUUGAGGAGAUGGUCCAGAAGAAUGAACAACUCUUAAAAGAAUUACAGCACAAAAAAGCCCACUCUGCUCAAACUGAAGCAAAGUUAAGUGAAAAAAUGGAAGAAAAUAGGCAGCUGGAACAAGGAAUGCGAGAAAUAAUGCAAGCAAUAAAAGAUGCACAAAAAGGCUCUGGCAAAGAAGUGGAGAUUCAUAUUCCUGUAUUAGAAAGGCUGUUAAAUGCAAUGAAUAUUAAGAAUUCAGAGCGAACAAUUCAUGCCAGUAUGUCUCUGAAAGCUCAAGUUGACCAGCUUACAGGGCGUAAUGAAGAACUACGGAGGGAAAUAAGAGACUCUCGGAAGGAGGCAGUACAUGCCAUUAACCAGAUGGAGAAGGCAUUAGAAAAAGCUGCACUCUUGGAAAGUGAAGUGAAAUUAAUGCAACAGACGAGAAAAAACAGCAUUGUCUUUCAAACUCACCAUCUCCCUGAAGAAAUGUCACCUUCUAGUGCUGAAAUAAUCAACACAUUAAAUGAGUAUACAAUAAGACUUCUACAGGAACUGCACAAUAAAGAGGAAACAGCAACAAAAUUGGGAGAAGCUUUAGAAGAAUACAAAAGGAAAUUUGCAGUUAUUCGUCAUCAACAAGGACUACUUUACAAAGAAUAUCAAAGUGAAAAAGAAUUAUGGGAAAAGGAACUCAAACAAAGUCGUGAAGUUCAAGAUAAACUUCAAGAACAAAUGGCACAUGAUGCUAUUAAAAUAGCUGAGUAUAAUCAUUGGGCGAAUAUACUGCAAAUGAAUUCUGAAGAAAUAAGGAGGCAGGUGGCAGAAGCUGCCAGGAAAAUGAUUGUUCUAAAGGUCAAUGAGAAAUCCUUCACACGACGAUACACAACUGAACUGGAAAUGGAGCAACAUCUCAGAAAGGAGAACAGCAAAUUAAAAAAUGAAAUAACUGCAAUGGAAUCGGCAGUGACAAAAAAAGUUGGUUACUUGCAGAGAUACAAGGACAUGGCAGCAUUUAAAAUUGCAUCAUUACAGAAAGCCUUGGAUGGUAGUGUCCCAUCUGUAGAACUUGAGCGAGUCAAUAAUCAAUACAGUGAUUUAACAAUCAGAUACAGAGAUCUUCUACAGAAAGAUAAUUUGCUUGUUCAGAAGGCCGUCAGCUUGGAACAUUUAGAGAGUGAAAAUACAGUUCUCAGGAAACAUAUUGAUCGUUUGAAUAAAGAACUUGAAAUUACAAAGGAAAAACUGCAUACACUAGAACAAGCUUGGGAAGAAAUUAAUUCACUGGGUGUUGACUCAAUGAAUAAAGCAGCUAAUGUAAUCACAAAGGGUGAUUUGUCUGUGUCCAAAAAAAUGACCAUGUUGGAAAUGAAAGAACUCAAUGAAAGACAGAGAGCAGAUCAUGCUCAUGAAAUGUAUGACUGCCUAAGAAAUACUCUAAAAAAGGUGGAAGAGAGGAAUUGUGAACUGGAGAACAAAUUUGUUAAUCUUACUAAACAAUACCUAGAAGCUCAAAAAGUAGAACAAGAGCUUCGGGAUGCCCUUGCACAGAGUGUAAGUAAGGUCGUCAGUGAUGCAGACAGGACAAGAAUACUAGAGUUGGAAAAAACUGAAGCAGAGCUCAAAAAUGAGGUUUCAAAGUUAAGAGAAGUGUCAGAUGUUGCCAUGAUGCAAAUAAUUACCCUGGAAGCUCGUCAGCAAUCCAGAGAUAAAGAAAUUGAAUCUCUGCGUAAGCAGCACUUGGAUUAUCAGGCUGAAUCGGAUGAAAGAGCCUUGAUCGCUAAGCUUCAUCAGCAUAUUGUAGCAUUAAAAGUGAGCGAAGCUGCUGCUGUCUGCAAGCUAGAAGUAACAGUGACUAAGCUUCAGAAGCUGGAGGCCUACAACCUGAGACUAGAGCAAAAGAUUGAUGAAAAGGAGCAAGCUUUGUAUUAUGCUAGGCUGGAAGGACGUAAUCGAGCUAAGCACUUACAGCAAACUGUGCAAUCUUUUCGGAGACAGUUCAGUGGUGCUUUACCCCUGCCACAGCAAGAAAAGUUCUCAAAGACUAUGAUACAGUUGCAAAAUGACAAAGUGAAGAUCCAUAUGGAGAAGCAAAGAGCUGAAGAGGAGAGAAGAAAAGCCGAAGACAAAAUGCUUGAGCUGGAAUUAAAAUUCAAGGGGUUAGAGGAGUUGAUCAGCACCCUGAAGGAUGCCAGAGGAGCACAAAAGGUCAGUGAAUGGCAUAAAAGAAUGGAAGAGCUACGUCUUCAGGAUCUGAAACAAAGCAGAGAAUUGGGAACUCAUAAAGAAGAAAUCAAAUAUUUAAAGAAAGUAAUUUCUGACCAGGAACGGACAAUCUGUAAUCUGGAAGAAGAAAUUGUACAACAGAAUAAUUUUCAUGAGGAAUGUCAGCUGUCCUGGGAACAGAGAGAAGUUGAAUUGGAACGACAGCUGGAUAAAUACGAACAGCAGCAUAAUGAGGUGCUCAUCACUGCCAAAAAGUUUGAAGAAGCUACAGGAGCAGUCCCAGAUCCCAGCUUGCCUCUUACACAACAACUUGAAAUGGCACUUAGAAAAAUUAAAGAGCAUGUCCGAACCAUUGUGGAAACACAGGCAACGUGCAAGAACCUAGAGGAGAAUCUAAAGAAAAAAGACUUAGAUCUUUGGAAGGCUGAGCAGAAUAUUUUUUCAAGAGACAAAGUAAUUAAUGAGCUCAGGAUACUUCUCCCUGCCUCAGCUAAACGGGAUAAACUAAUUGAAGAACUAGGAAGAAAGGAUGGACAGCCUGAAUAUCAAGUUGCCUUAAAAGUGGCUCAGCAAACUAUUGUAAACCUGCAAGCUAGAUUAAACCAGAAGGAAGAUGUCAUCAAGAAAUAUCUGCAUAUGUUAACCAGAAGUAGGCAGGAGCAAGAAGACAUUGCAAAGAAGCAUUCAGAAGAGCUUUCACUUUUACUUCAGAAACUGAAUUUGCAGUCGGACUCUUCUCUCCACAUGCUUAAGCAAUCGGCAAUGGUUUGA